AUCCCAUUUUAUUGCACUGAGUAGAGGAAGUUGAAGGAAAAAAAACUUGAAUCUGUUUCAACCAAGGAAAAACCAUGGGUGGCAGAGUGGCUUCUUCCCUAAUAAUCUUGCUUCAUCUACUCCUUCUCAUGUUUGCAGAAGCCCUGGCUGCGGUUGGUGAAAAGAGCAAGCAAAUGGAGAACUUGAAUGACCAUAUUGAAGCUUCAGUCAUAAAAAUGGUGACCCAAAUGGAAGAUAAUUUUCACAGCUCUCAUAUGGAGCACACAAACCCUCAACUCAUAGUUUUUUUCACCAUAAAUGACCUGAAACAAGGCCAAAAACUGCCCAUUUACUUCCCCAAAAGAGACCCUUCAAAAUCUCCUCCAUUUUUGCCCAAAGAAAAGGCAGAUCCAAUCCCAUUUUCACUGAAAAAACUCCCCCAAAUCCUCUCUUUCUUCUCCUUCCCCUUGAACUCCCCACAAUCCCAAGCUGUGAAAGAGACACUGCAACAGUGCGAGCUCAAACCCAUCAAAGGGGAGACCAAAUUCUGCGCCACGUCCAUGGAAUCCAUGGUGGAUUUUGUAGGCACUGCAUUGGGCACAAAACCCUCCUCUUUCCAGCUUCUGACCACUUCCCAUCUCACAAAAUCCCUUGUCCAUUUCCAGAACUACACCAUCUCCGGCGCCCCCGAGGUGAUCGCGGCGCCGAAGCUCGUAGCCUGCCACGCCAUGCCCUAUCCCUACGCGGUUUACUAUUGCCAUUACCAAGAGGGGGACAACAGCGUGUUGAAGAUUCCGUUGGAAGGCGACAACAGCGACCGAGUCCAGGCUAUGGCGGUCUGCCAUAUGGAUACGUCGCAAUGGAGCCCGAGCCAUCCCGCGUUUCGGGUGCUCAAGACCGAGCCAGGAGCGAACCCGGUUUGCCAUUUCUUCCCUGCGGAUGAUUUUGUGUGGAUUCCAACUCCGAUGCCUGCUUGAGUUUGGAUUAGGAAAAUACUUACCUGCGAGUAGAAGCGCUCCUACUGACUUUUUGAUGUAACGUAUUAUUAUUGGUUCAAAAGGUUUUAUCGAGUUUUAGAAGUUAAUCAAUAAAAAUACCGCAAUAUUAGAAAGUUAGUAGGAACUUUUAUAGCCAGCUUAGGUUAAAGUAUUGUUGGGAUUGGAGCAAGGAAAUAUUAGGACUCAUUUGGAUUCUAAUAAAUGUAACCUAUUUCGUACAAAAAUAACUUAAUGAUAAAAGUAUGCUAGGGUUUGGUUGGGUGUUCGAA